UCCUGUAUUUGCAAGUUUACAUGACUUGUGAUGAUUUGACACGUUUUAAAAUGCUAUUUCGCCAUAAACAAGAUAAAGAGCAUUGACCCAGAUGUAUUUUAUCAGGAGGUUGACGAUAAACGUCGAUCGCUUCAGCUUUGUAAAUGGUCGGCAAUGUAUUUUCACUAAACUAUUUCGAAUAUCAAUUUUCUACCCAGAGGCGGAGCGAAGUUGUUUAUAUAUACCGAACCGAUGCAAACAUCUUUGUCCUGUGGCGUUACCUCGAACCGGUGUUGAAUCACAUGUUCAUGGACAAAUUAUUCAAGAUGAGUUUUCUUGGUUGCAAGACAUAAAUUGCUUUAAAGUGAAGCAAUUGGUGAAAAAUGAAAACAGGUUUGCCACUGAGGUGAUGCGUGAUACAGUGCCUUUUCAGAGACAACUUGUUAGAAAAUUUGAAAAUUUAACUUACCGAAGUGGAAAUUGCCUGGAGAAAAAUGCAUUCGUGAGCUAUGGAAACUAUCUCUAUUAUACAAAAAGGUCGAGGAAUUCGAACCUCUUGGUGCACUGUAGAAGACUACGAAAUGGGGCUGAUGAAGAAAUACUGUUAGACGAGUCGACCAUUGUUAGUCUUUGGAAUUUUUUUGAAGUACGAACUAUGAAAAUUUCUCCGUCUCAAAGGUUUGUCGCCUUCAUACUGGAUACGUCAGGGAUUGAUACUUAUUGUGGCAUUGUGAUUGACACUGUGAAAAAACCAGGACGGAUUUUGGAACAGUUACCUUGCGUUAAUUUGGAAUGGGCUGGUGUUGAUGGCGUUCUUUAUUAUACCACGUUCAAUGAAUUGCACCGAGCUGACAAAACAUGGCGGCACAAAAUCGGUGAGAUCCCAUCGAAAGAUGAGUUGAUUUUCGAAGAGAACGAUGCUAGGUUCUUUGUUGAUGUAAGUUGUACAAAAGAUCGUCGCUUCGUGACCAUCAACUCAAGUUCGAAGACGACGUCAGAAGUUUACAUAUUGGAUUCAGCAGAUACCAGAGCUUCAGCGCAACUUGUUCGAGCGCGGGAGCCUGGUAUCGAAUAUUACAUAGAGCACUGUCGUGUUUUGUUUUAUAUUCUGACCAAUUAUCCAGACGGUGGCAAUUAUCGAGUGUUAUCGAAAACAGAGAAAGAUUUAUGUGAAACAGAGUGGAACAGCAGUGUGCAAAAUUAUGAUAAUGUCGUCUUGGAUGACAUGGACAUAUUUUCUAAAUAUUUAGUCCUUUAUGAAAAAGAAGAUUUAACUCCAAGAGUGAGGGUAUUACCAUUGCUUGGAAAGAACAAACAAUAUACUAUCAAGUUUGAUAAUGACAUAACUUUGCUUACUCCUGGCUACAAUGUGAAUUUUCAUUCAUCUGUGGUUCAGUUUACAAUCUCGUCAGCAAUCACUCCACCCAGAAUGAUGGAACUAGAUUUACAGUCAGGAAGAAUGAGGAAUUUGUCCGCAACAUCGCUGGAAAAUGUAGGAAAAGUCCCAGAUGUACCUCUGUGUCGUUCAAAAUUAUUAGCAGUUAGCAAGGAUGGCAAAAAGGUUCCUGUAACGAUAUUUCACAGAAAGGACAAUGAUUUAAACGGUCAACAUCCUGCCCUGGUGCAUGUUUAUGGGUCUUAUGGAAUGAAUGUCAACAUGGAAUUUUCUCCCGAAAAACUUCACCUUCUAAAAGAAGGCUGGAUAUUGGCAUACUGUCAUGUUAGAGGUGGAGGGGAACUAGGCCGAAAAUGGUAUCACACGGGAAGGGAAAAAAAUAAGAAAAAAACUUUUCAGGAUUUCGAAGCUUGUGUGAAGGCGAUUCAUGAGCACGGAUACUCAUCUCCUCACUUAACCGCCGCUAUUGGAACAAGUGCGGGCGGGUUGCCUGUAGCUGUGCUCUGUAAUGAUACUCCACAUCUAGUGAAAGCCGCGGUAUUGAAGGUUCCUUUUGUGGAUUUAAUAACUGCAAUGUUGGACGAAGGGUUGCCAUUAACGGCCCAGGAAUACGAAGAGUUCGGGAAUCCGAGGAUUGACGUGCAAGAUUUUAACAAUUUGAAAUCAUUUUGUCCCUAUGUGAGCAUUUCAAAGCAGAAAUAUCCCAGCAUGCUUUUCAUGCCAUCGAUGAAUGAUGUCCGGGUUCCAUAUUGGAUGUCCUUAAAAUAUGUAUCGAAACUUCGACAUCUCAACUCGAUCACGAAAUAUUAUGGUCCGCAAAAUAUGAUCCUGUUAAAGACAGAUUUGGAAAGCGGGCACUUUGGCUCAGGCGCAUCUGAAGAGAGUGCUUUUAUUCUUGCAUUUCUGUACAAAGCUCUUGGAUUGCCUUUGAGAUGACAUCUUUUUCAUUGGAUCUAGGAAUAUGGUUCGUAGUAGGUCGUAUAAUUAUAGCCUGCCAAUAAUGAUCAUUUUUACACGAUAGAUAUUUUUGGACGUCUUUAAAAUAUAAUUGAUGAAAUCAUAUAUAAGUACAAGCAAGUCGUAAAAUGCAGAUUGCUUUUUAUAUUUCGAUCUUAUCGAAUGCUUCAUAGUCGUCAGACCGACUGAUCUAUCCAGAAAAUGCAAAU